AUGGAUUCAUCUGAUACCGAAGGUUUUGAAUUAAUUACACGUGACUGUGACUGCGACAACCAGGAUCACCUACAUGGCAGCGUCACUGAGUCUCCGCAAGGAAGUAAUGAUCCGACAAGAGGUAUCUGUGAAGAUAUACAAAGACUCGAUAUCGUUAGUGAUGGUAGUGCUCCUAAACAGAGUUUAAAAGAGGAUAAAAAUGUUAACCCAUACUCAGACUUAGAUCCCGAGAGAGAGAUAUUUGGAGGAAGUACUUACGAAGUGUUUGAUAGGGAAUACAGAUAUCGAAGCAGUCUGUUGUUUAGUUAUUCCAAGAAGAAUAACAACUCGUGUGACAGCGAAUAUAAAGCUUUGAUGACUUUUCCAGGUUCCAAGACAAGACGUCUGUUCAUCUACAACAAGUGA